AUAAAAUUGCUUUUACCAUAGCUUGACCAUCUCUGAUGCGCGUUAUCAGCUGCUACACGCGCUUUCACGCGCCGUCGUCGAUUUGUCUCUCCGUCUUCCGUCGUCAACACCCGCAAACACGUUCAUUUUGCUGCCUCCGCCACGAAAAUUGCUCUCUGUCCACCAAUCAAAUGGAACAGCCUGAUCUAGUUGCCAAUACAGUGAUAGAUAAUCCUCGAGCUCUCACUGAUAAAAUAAACCUAAUUCGUGACGCGGGUCCUUCCAAAUUCCAGGUAAUUGCAGAUUUCGAUGCGACUUUAACGAAAUACCGAGUCAAUGGACUUCGAGGCCAGACCAGUCAUGGCCUCUUGCAGCAAGGAAAUGCAGAUUAUGAUGCUAAGAGGCAAGCAUUAUAUGACCAUUAUCAUCCUAUGGAGAUUUCUCCUGUGAUUCCCAUUGAAGAGAAAACCAAACUCAUGGAAGAAUGGUGGAGUAAAACUCAUGAUCUUCUCAUUGAGGGAGGUCUAACAUAUGAUGCAAUCAAGAAAUCUGUUGCAAAUUCCUCCAUAGCUUUUAGAGAAGGUGUGACUGAACUGUUUGGAUUUUUGGAGAAAUUAGAGAUCCCAGUUCUGAUUUUUUCAGCAGGACUUGCUGAUGUCAUUGAAGAGGUUUUGAGGCAGAACCUUCAUAGAACUUUCAAGAAUGUAAAGAUUGUAUCAAACAGGAUGGUUUUUGAUGAUGAUGGACGGCUUGUGUCUUUCAAAGGAAAGCUAAUUCACGUGCUAAACAAGAACGAGCACGCAUUAGACAUGGCUGCUCCACUUCACGAUCAACUUGGUGCUGACAUUGGUGAGGAAGAAGAGGGAAAUGCAUACGUGAAACAAAGAACAAACGUUUUGCUUCUGGGAGAUCAUUUGGGAGAUCUGAGGAUGUCUGAUGGUUUGAGUUAUGAGACUCGAAUAUGUAUUGGAUUUCUGAAUGACAACAUUGAGAAGAGUCUUGAAAGCUACCGUAAGGAAUUUGAUCUUGUUUAUAUUAAUGAUGCACCUAUGAGGGGAGCAUUGGAACUUGUUUCUCAGUUAUUCUCAACGGAAGCGAGUUAGCUCUUAUGCCCGUGAGGAGUCAUGUUCAGUGCAAGACUCUUUUCUUCAGUUGAUGGAAACAAUAAUUUAGGUAGAAUUUCUAUGUUCUGCUUUACAUUCAUUCAAUAAGGAUAAUGAUAUUGCAAUGAUCACUUUCUCAGUAUUGAAAAUAUGAUCUCACUCAUGAAUUGUGUAGUUACUGUAGUAUGGCCAUUCUCAAACCUCAAAGCAUGUGAUAGAAUUAGUUGGAGAGUUGUUUAUGUCUCUUUGUUGAAUUAUGUUAUUUUUUAAUGGAGUUC